AUGUUUUCAAUUUUAUCCUCGUUACAAUCGACAUUUCAACAAUUUUCAAUAAAAAUGAUUGACUAUGUUGAACAAACUUCAACUUCCUCAUCAACAUGUCAGAUAUUAUUUGACAACGUUACUUUGAACAUGACAGUUCAAGAAACAUCAAACUGUGAAUCAUUUGAAUUUCAGUCAAUCUACACCUACAAUAGUAUAUUAGAGACAAUUCGGCAUGAAAGUACACAUGAUGAAUCAAUAAUGGCAGAAGUUAGUGUACUUGAUCAUGAUGGAAGCGCACAAAGCGAUGCAUUAGCUGAUGAAGUGAAACGAGAUGGAAUAAUUAGUCAAGACAGUCAACAUAAUGAAAUAUUAGAUGAUAUCGUUUACGAAUUGAUAGCAUUUGUGGAGCUGAAUGAUGAUAUUAAAUCAGUUUUGAAUGACUUGAUUGAUACGAUAAGUGAAAAUAUUCAGAUUGAAACGGUGCUGGACGAACUGUUAAAUCAGAUUAAUGAUGAGAAUGAAAUCGAUUAUGUUCGCGGUUCACUAGACUUAUCUUUAUCAUUUAUUGCAAACAGUCUAUUGAAUGAUACCGAAUUAUUACCGCUACACAAUAGCAGUAGUAAUUGCACAGUCAGUCUUUUUGUGGCGGACGAUGAAGACGACGAGAAACGACAAAUGGAAAUGAAAAUAGUCGAAUUAAGUAAACGGAUUAAACAAUUGGAAAAUGAACUUGAACAACAUCAGCAGAGAUCACAAAAACAUGAUAACAGUUCUAUAUGUAUAUCAGAAUUUUUAUAUGAUGAAGACACGUAUGUUGUUAUUGACAUUGCUUGA